CGCGCUGUCGGUUGACCCCGCAGGGAGGGGGUGGGAGGUGAGAGGUCGCACUGGUUUGUGGAGGAGGAGGCAGCGGCGGGAACGGGAGGCGGCGAACAUACCGACUGCAAUGAUCACCGGCGACAGGAGUAGGCCGUGACUUGGAGCUGAGAGGAGGCCAUGUUUGUGCAGGAGGAGAAGAUCUUCGCCGGGAAGGUGCUGAGGCUCCACAUCUGCACCAUGGAGGGGGCCGAGUGGCUGGAGGAGGUGACCGAGGAGACCAGCGUCGAGAGCCUCAAGGAGCGCUGCUUGAAGCAUUGUGCACAAGGAGGAUUAGAAGACCCAAAGACAAUAACACACCACAAACUCAUUCACGCUACAUCAGAGCGGGUCCUGUCGGACACAAAGACUGUCAUUGAGGAGAACCUCCAGGAUAAAGAUGUUUUAUUAUUAAUUAAAAAGCGAGCACCUGCUGCUCCUCCCAAGAUGGCUGAUGUGUCUGCUGAAGAAAAGAAGAAACAAGAGCAAAAGGCGCCAGAUAAAGAGGCCAUCAUGAAGGUAACAGCUCAACUUGUUGCUCGGCAAGCUGACCGGGUGGUUACCCAGCACAACCUGCGAGAUUUUCAGACAGAACUCAGGAAAAUCCUUGUUUCCCUAAUAGAAGUGGCACAGAAACUGCUAGCUCUAAAUCCAGAUGCUGUUGAACUAUUUAAAAAGGCAAAUGCAAUGUUGGAUGAAGAUGAGGAGGACCGAGUGGAUGAGGCAGCACUACGCCAGCUGACUGAGAUGGGCUUCCCUGAGAGUCGAGCGGUGAAAGCACUGCGGCUGAAUCAUAUGUCUGUGACACAGGCCAUGGAGUGGCUAAUUGAACAUGCAGAGGAUCCAACAAUCGACGCACCACUGCCUGGGGAUGGGGCAGCUGGAGGGUCCAGAGCUGUUGCAAGGGAUGCAAAGCCAGAAACUGUCAAUGAAAUUGCCAAACAAGAUGAAUUGACCGACAUCUUUAAGAAGAUCAGGCGGAAACGAGAAUUCCGACCAGAACCCAGAGCUAUGAUUGCUCUGAUGGAAAUGGGAUUUGAUGAAAAAGAAGUAAUAGACGCUUUGCGAGUCAACAACAACCAACAAGAUGCUGCUUGUGAAUGGUUGCUGGGUGAUCGAAAACCCUCCCCUGAGGAGUUAGAUAAAGGCAUUGACACUGAAAGCCCAUUAUUUCAGGCCAUCCUGGACAAUCCUGUUGUACAGCUAGGACUGAUUAAUCCUAAAACACUACUUGCAUUUGAAGAUAUGCUGGAAAAUCCGUUAAACAGCACUCAGUGGAUGAAUGAUCCUGAGACAGGUCCUGUGAUGUUGCAGAUUUCUAGAAUCUUCCAGACUCUGAAUCGCACAUAGGGCAAUUGCUCCGUUCUGACAGAAAAGCUUCCAGCUGCUCAUCUGCAGAAAAGGGGUGCCAUCUCCUGAGAAGAGUGUUUGUGGAUUAUUCACUAGUGGACCCUGUUUGUACUUGAUAUGGGUAGCUUGCAACAACAUCCACUUAACUACUGUUGCCUUUGGAUCUAGUGCUUAACGGCCUUGAUUUGAGGUUUUUAAUUUAAAGUAAAUGCUGUUAGUAAAUUGCACAGAGUUUGAGACACAAAAGAGAACGCUUAUAAAAAAAACAAACAGUAAUCCCAUUUUGGGGAAAAGGCAACAAUUGUGUCUCGUGGCUUUUGGAUUUGAGAACAGCCAAAGAAUAAAGGGAUUCGGCAUGAUGUCAACUAAUUAAAUGAUAAUUGUUUGACUGUCUCAAUUUUGGAACUCUGUACCUCUUUGAAAGAAGCAGAGAACGGUGUUUUGGUAAACAGGGGUAUAGACUAUCCUUUAAAUGCACUGAAGCAAACUUGAAAGAACCUUAAUGUGGGAAGCAGUAACACACUUGGUUAUCAAGGUUCUUUGUCUGAUAAGAACCUCAGCAUUAGCAGUGAUGUAUUGAAGGAGCCAAUCCUGCAGUGCUGCAGUGAUUGCAAAUAAAUGGAUAUGCUUUAAGUAAAUGAGGGGGUUUCGGUCUCAUCGCUACACAAGUCUAGGUUCUAUUUGAUGCACCUGCAACAUCAGAGAAUGGAUUGUGCUUUGUUAGGAGACUUAGAAUGCUCCUUCUACUGAUUGUUUUCUUUCAAAAAGAAAGCAAAGGCAAAUCUCAUAAUGUAAAGAAAUGUUUCUUUUAUAGCUUUGGAGAGAAGCCACUUUCUCACUACAAUACCUUGGUGCUCAUUACCACUGUGUAUAAAGAAUCUAUAAAUGUUGAUUUUAUACAGCAGUCAAUUUGGAGAUCUUGUACAGAUAAAUUUUUACUUGUGAUAACCCAGAUGUUCUACAUACCAACCUGCAGUCAGGGGAAUGAGGAACUAAAGCUAAAACCAGGAGGUAAUAUGUAUGAUGAAGGAUUUGUCCACUGGAAUUGAUUAUUGCCAUUGGCAAUUGAGGAAGUUUUACUUUACUACAAUUGGUGAGGUACUAAAAUUGACAUCAAGGAUUUGAAUACUAGUGGACUGCUCUGUAUAUUAAAAGAAAGUGAUUUGGUUGCUGGGAUUUUCCUCAAUACCAGAGUAUCUAAAAGCAGUAAAAUUUUACUAAGGAUCUCUAACUGAGACUCCAUCAAAAUAAAGAGACCAGGAGGAAGAAUCGCUUUGACCUCUGUGUAGUGAAAACUGUAAGCUUCUUCUAGAAAGAGUUGACGGUGGCACAACACGUAGGGGACAAAAAGCAGUUCUUCCCUGCAGUACUUGCUUGUGUUUUAUAAGUGUUCUCUUUCUUAAAAGAAUUGUACUGAAACCAUCAGGGGUUGACUAUUUUAAAGGCAACUUCACUGUAAUCGGAGUGUCCGAUUAAAAGACUUCUUGGGUUUGUA